GCUCGAGAAGCUUUGGUUCACGAUCAGUCCGACUUCAGUGUACAGUAGUUUCUUUCGCGAAGCACCACAUUGAGAGACAGAAAUUGUUAGACACAAAUCGGCAUCUGACUAUCUGAAUUCUUACUGGUUGUUAGUCGAACCCAACAUUGCCGCUUGUUAGCUCUAUCGAAGCCACUGCUACGUAUCUGGGCCUCCUCAGGCAAGGUGGUUCGGACGAAGGGAACUUGUACGAGUCCGUUUCAUGCGGUCACAUACAUUCGAAACUCUUGUUGUCACAACACAGAUGGUGUACACAAGCUGCAUAUUGUACGUAAGUACGGAGUACGAAGGCUCAGAUGUUGGCAUUUUCACAUGCCGAACCGGCAACGAUCCAUCGGCGCCACCACCGACUCGCAUUCAAUUUCCCACCAAUUCGCGGAACUCGGAACGCUUACCGACACCAACCUCGCUUGCUGCAACCCUGACAAACAACCCCGGUUGUUUUUACAAAUCGUGGGGUACACAUGGCUUUCUCCUGGUUUACCCGCUUCCCCAUAUCGACAAUAUCGAUGUUGGUUCAUUCAUUUUUUAUGCCGCGACUCAUUUGUCUUUUCUUGGCGUCCUGUUGCUUAUGUGUUUCUCCGGAACCUCCGAACAGCUGGUAGGUGAAUAGCGAUGGGAUGAAGACGUCAUGAUGAUAAGGUGAGCGUGGUCGCCAAUUGUUGACUCGGUGUCGGAGUUGGCGAGAUUCGAAAGUCAGCUUACUGUGCCUCUGUUAAGUUCUUGUGAUUGGUCAAAUGCAUUUCUUUUGAGAGUUGCUCGAUAGA